AUGUUAUGUCAUAUCCAGCACACAUCGGUCAUUAUUACUACAUUUGAUGAGAAUACUUCUAAAUUGCUUCACAGUUUCUCAAUCCGCUCCUCCUAUCAGUUUCUCUUUUUUGUAUUUCUUCACAUUCUAAAAAAUAGGAUUCGCCAUCACAUUAACAACCACAUUCCAAAGCACUAUCUUCGCAGUGGAUUAUAUCUAUUUCCACAUGAAAUACGGAGCAUAUUUAUUUUCGGUGUAAUUUCCUUUCAUACUGUGCUAUUUUCUCUUAGGUUAUUUUAUUCCAUACUUUCGUUUAUUCUUUUUUGUGUAAUUUAUCUUCGACAGACAAUGUAUCGAUUCCAUGUGACCUAUACACCGCAUUCUGCCCCCACUUCCUAUCAAUAA